AUGCUGCACGUGACAGACGUUUUGGAGAUCUUGAAGAAUCCCCAGCUCUUCCAUCUACAUGCUCAAGAAGAGAAUCCAGAAGCCAUCUCCUUAAGAAAUCCAGAGUCUCUGAAAGUUUCUCAUCAGAAGUUUAGGCAUUUUCAGUAUCUUUCAGUGACUGGGCCUCACCAAGCUGUGAGCCAAAUCCAGGAGCUCUGCCGUCAAUGGCUGCAGCCAGAGACCCACACCAAGGAGCAGAUGAUGGAGCAACUGGUGUUGGAACAGUUUCUGAACACCCUAUCAGAGGAGCUUCAGACCUGGGUGAGGUCAAAACAGCCUAAGAACAGCAUGGAGGCAGGAACCCUGGUGGCCAAUUUGAUACAAGCAUGUGAAGAGAAAGGUUUCUCUCCUCAGGACUUUGUACUUGCAGAAGAGAGGAACAGCAAAGAACAGCAAAAGGAGGACACAGAGAUGUCUGACAGUCCCGUAUCUGCGGGAUCCCAGGAUUUGGUGACUUUCAAGGAUGUGGUUGUGGACUUCAGCCCAGAGGAGUUAACCUACCUUAGUGCUGCUCAGAGGAACCUCUACCGGGAGGUGAUGCUAGAGAAUUAUAGGAACCUGGUCUUCUUAGGGUACCAGUUCUCUAAGCCCGACAUUAUCUCACAGCUGGAAGAGGAAGAGUCACAUGUGAGGGAGGAAGACAUCAAUACAGACAAAUGUCAAGAUUGGGAGAAAAGACCUGAAACCAAAGAUCUAACUCCAGAGCAAAGCCUGCCUAUGGAAAAGUCAUCCUUGGGGGUAGGAAUGGAGGAUCUGAAGGUAGAUAACUUCUGCAGUGUCAACGUAGGAGAGUAUUCUCCUGAUGAUCCAUCAGAUUUGUACCAGGACAACCAGAAGAAACUUUUGAGUCCUGUAACAAUGAGUAAGCCCAAGACCCUCACUCAAGAAAGAAGCCACGACAGUGAUGAUUUUGAGAGAAGCUCAGAUCUUACUAAACAAUCAGAAGGGCCUCCAGUAAAGGAUCCCCAGGAAUGUACUACUGAAAUUUGCACUAGUCCCCAACUGGCAGAUGAUGAGCCUUUCCUCCAAGAGAACAGAUGUAGAUUUUGUGAAAGAACUUUUAUUACCCAAACAGCUCGUGAGAGACAUGAGCAGAUCCAUACUGGGAAGAAACCCUUUGAAUGUAAACGAUGUGGAGAAGCCUUCUACCUCAUGCCACACCUCACCAGACAUCAGAGGACUCAUUCCAAUGAGAAGUCCUCUGGAUGCAAUGAAGGUGGAAAGUCUUUCAUUCAGCAUACAAAUACCUCUGGCCAUGUAAGAAUUCAUAGUCAGGAAGACUACUAUGAAUGUUUCCAGUGUGGCAGAGCCUUUAUCCAGGAUGUGCAUCUUUUUCAACAUCUCCAAGCCCACGAAGCAGCAAAAGCCCUUCCACCUGGGUUGCCCCGCAUUAAGACAUAUUUAAUUCGCUAUCAGCGGAAACAUGACUAUGUUGGAGAGAAAGCCUGUCAGUGUUGUGACUGUGGCAAAGCCUUCAGUCGGAGUUCACACCUCAUUCAACACUAUCGCAUCCAUGCUCAAGAGAGGCCUUACCAGUGUCAGCUGUGUGGGAAAUGUUUCAGCCGACCCUCAUACCUCACUCAGCAUUAUCAACUCCAUUCUCAAGAGAAACCUGAUGGGGCAAUUAUUACUGAAAACCUCUAA